AUGAGACGUCCAAUCCGCGUUGCCGUCCUUAAGUGCGACUAUCCGCUGCCUAAGACGGAGGAAAAAUACGGAACUUUCGGCGGUUUGUUCAAGUUCCUGCUGGGAGAGUCCACGAAGGCCUUGAACAGACCAGAUAUCAUCGAUCCUGAAGCUGGAUUGGAAGUAUCUGAGUAUGACGUCGUGAAAGAGGCCUAUCCGGCCUUGGAGGAUGUUGAUGCUAUCCUGAUCACCGGGUCGAAGUCCGAUGCUUUUGACUCCACGCCUUGGAUCGUGAAGCUCGUCGAGUUUACCGCAAAAGCCCUCGCCCAGGACCGAGUUCGAGUGAUCGGAGUGUGCUUCGGCCAUCAGAUCAUCGGACGAGCGCUUGGUGUCAAGGUCGGUCGUAGUGACGCAGGCUGGGAGGCAGCUGUACAUCCUCUCACCCUGACCGACAAGGGCAAGGAGAUAUUUGGCGUGGAACAACUGAGCAUCAUGGAAAUGCACCGUGACAUCGUGUUUGAUCUCCCGCCGAACGUCGUCUGCCUCGCUUCGACUCCCAAGUGUGCCAUCCAAGGCAUGUAUUCUCCCCGUAAAUUUAUCUCCGUCCAAGGUCAUCCCGAGUUCGACAAAGAUAUAGUUAUGGAGAUUAUGCAGACCAGAAAGGCAAACUACCCCCCAGACGUCUUCGAUGAGGCCAUGAAAGUCAUUGGCAACAAACAGGAUGGCGUCCUUAUUGGACAAGCAUUUGUGAAGUUCUUGGCUGAAGAGUAA